AUGGAUACUAAUCAAGUAGUUGUUGUACAAGGCGAUAUACAACUGCAAAGUUUAAUUGGUUUUGUUAUUCUUAUGAACAAUGAAGAUAUCUAUUUGAAUGUCGAUGUGAUUCCGAAGAAUACUUCUCGUUCUAAUUCUGGGUGUAGUACUAGUUCUGGUUCUAGUACUGCAAAUUCUUGUUUCGAAGAAGAUGAUUAUGGUUGGAGGAUUCACUUUGGGCCUGUGAAUGGUGACAUUUCUCGGUUUGUGCUGAAAGAUUCUAAUGUUAUUCACAGGUUUACUUUGUGGUGCACAUUACUUGUUGUAGGCUUUUUAGGUGGCACAUUGUGGUGUAUAUUACAUAUUCUUGCUUGUUGUGGUGUUGGUUUGAGGCUGAAGAGUCCUGCAGUGACAACCAAGUUAGUUAAGCAUUUGAUCACCGACAAUAUACAGGGUGAUCCCACUUUAAAACCCAGACAGAUCAUGUCACCUUUUAAGAAGACUUAUGGGUCCAAUAUUAAGUAUCACCAUGCCCGUAGAGGGAAAGAAGCCGUAUUUGAAAAACAAUUUGGUGAUGACGAGAAGUCGUAUCUCAAUUUAACUUGGUAUGUCAAAACCAUUGAGCAAACUAAUCAUGAUAGCUUGGUGAAAUUUGAAGUUGACCAAGAAACCAGAAGAUUUCAGCGGAUUUUCAUUUUUUUCGGUGCUUGCAAGCAUGGAUAUAGGUAUCUCAGGCCCAUGAUUUACUUGGACGCUACUUUCCUUACUGGUAGAUUCAGGGGUACUUUGAUGGUUGCAACAUGUAUCAAUGGAAAUGAUGGUCUUUACCCAUUUGCCUUUGCUCUUGUGUCUGCUGAAAACAAAGAUAAUUGGUUUUGGUUUCUGGAUAAUCUUAAACAAGUGGUCGAUCGUCGUCCGAUUUUUUUCCUUAGAGAUCGUCACGAAGGACUUUCGCAGGGCAUUCCAAAAUCAUUUCCUGAUUCAUAUCACAGCUAUUGCUUUUACCACAUCAAGUACAAUCUCCCUAUUGGAUCAGGUGAUGCGAAUUUCAAGGUCCUAACUUUGAAGAAGAUUUGCGGGGAAUGCAUGCAAUUAGAUAAGUAUCUCAGGACUAUUCCAAACGAGAAAUGGGAAAAUGCAUUUUUCCCUAUAUGCAGAUAUGUUGCUCACUCUUCAACUCUUUCCGAGUCAUUCAAUAACUGGAUUUUUGAGUUCAAAAAGUUGUCUACUUUUGCUCUUCUCGAUGCGAUACGUUUAAAUGUUAUGAAGAAGAAUUCUGAGAGAAUGGUAGAAGGUCUUGAAAAUUUCAACACUAGGCUCACUCCCGUAUACGAGGCUAUACUAAAGGAAAACAUCGACAUAGGUCGUACUUGGACUGUUGUUGAAUCCAUGGAAAGAUUGUAUGAAGUCAAGUCUCCUCGGUCUCAUUCUGUAGAUCUAUUGGAGAGAACUUGUACGUGUCACAGGUGGCGAGUAAAUGGUUUUCCUUGUGCACAUGCUUGUGCUGCCAUUCAAGCUACGAGGGAGGAUAUUUAUUCAUUUGUUGAUCCAUACUUCAACACUGAAUGGUACAACAAUACAUACCAGGAGAUCAUCUUGCCAAUCCCCAAUUAUGACAAGCCGCAGUAUUAUGAUCCUAGUGAUAGGGUUAUUGUUCCUAUUCCUGUUCCUCUACCUGGUAGACGAAGAGCACAACAUUUCAAGAAUACUUUGGGAGAAGAAAAAGAGGCCUAUGAUGUGCACAAAGUGCUUCAACUUUGGUCACCACAACAGAGCUACAUGUCCCACGAUUUGAUGCUUUUUUCUAUGUUUGGUUUUUACUUUUGGUAA